CCCCUCCCUGCUUGCCAUAUCUCUUGACUUGCUCCACUGUAUUUUAAGGUCAAAGCAGAGAGCUAGCUCCUGAAGCCAUUGGUUUCCAAACAUGCCCCUCAAUAUUAGCCAUCAACGACAUGGCUUAAAAACUUCAGACGUGCACUCACAGGAGACUUAGAAUAGCUGGAGCCAAGCCUUUGUUCAUCUCCUAGUAUUAUUUCUCAUUGCCCUUCAAGGACUACACACAGAACCCAAGGGACUGGCUAUUUGGAUGAGUUCAGUGAGAGCAUUGCCAGUUAUAUUCUGGUCAGCCACCAAAAUAGGAUUAAAUUAAGUUUCAGACAAGCUUGCCAGAGCAUAUUACACACUGCUGGGUUGGCAGGAUUCUUUUGAAGUUUUUGACUCAUGUAAGUUAUAUUUGUAUUUUUAUAUGUUUUAUAUUUUCUUGUAUAGACCCCAUCUUAUUUAAGCUUCACUAUGCUUUGGAAAAGGAAAGCAUGACUGUGGCAAUUAUUUAUAGGUGAGGAAACAGACACAAACAGAUUAAAUGGCUUGCCCAGAUUUAUCUAGCUCUGUUACCAGAAUCAGGACUAGAACACCAAUUUCCUAACUUCCUGUUCAGUGCCUUUUCCAUUCCGCCUUUAGAGCAAAUAUCCUCCAAAAAGUUGCUUUAAGACAGGAGUAUUUGGCAGUCAUUGGACUCCUUCCUGGUUCCUAUUAUAAUUGUGGGGUCUUCCUUUUUCAAGGCAGAGUUCUGCUUUGCCACAAUGUACCCCCCCAGGGUAAUAUGCUGUUCAUGUGCAUGGAGCCCCACGAUCACGUUACAUACCAUUAUCUCAAUUCAUUCCCCCGUAUCUCCAUUGAGGAUAGUAUUUACCCACAUUACUGAUAAAGAAGCUGAAACUCAGAAAAAGCAGAUAAAUUAGCUUAAAAUCCCAAAGCUUGUGAGUGGCCGAGCUGAAACCAGGUCUUCUAACAUUUUGGUCCUCUUUCUGCUAUACCCUAGAGAUCCAGAAACAUUAGCCAUAACUGGAAUCAAACAUAGAUCUUCUCCUCAAGACAUGAACAUGUUUGUAGCCUUUGCCUCCAUAAGUCAUAUUCUAGGGUUGGGACACCACACAAUAUGGUAGAGAACCUCCAGUUUCUCCAGAAGUGGCAAAUACUCCUCCCACUGGGUAUCCACACAGAAAUACGUGAGUAUGCUCACAUGGCAUGUGCUACCCCACCUCCCCCUGACAGGGAUUUGGUCAGCAUCUUGACAGCUUAUUUAAACUAACUUGUAGUAACUGGCAGCACAGUAUCACUCCCUGGCAGGCUGAGUCAUUAAGUCUCUGCAGACUUUGGAAGAGAAAAUCAUUAGCUGAGACAUUCAAGAGCCAGGGGGUUGCAGAGAGAAACUCAUCUUAAAUCCUAAGCAGUAACUUAAACCAGAUGACGAAUUUACGAGAAGGAAUUAUCUCCAGUGACACCACAGAUCAAAGAACAGUCUUCACCAUGACAGAAUGGAAGGACAAAUUAUUCUUGAGAAACACAACUGCACAGGCCUCCAGGAUGAAUAUCUUCCGCCUACUCCUGACCACCCUGCUGGUCUCCCUGUGCUUCCUCACUGCCUACAGCCACCUGGCACCUGAGGAAAAGCCCAGGGAUGACAAGAGCCUAAGGAGCAACUCCUCCGUGAACCUGUUGGGUUUCCCUUCUGUCUCUAUUGUAGCGCUGAACAAGAAAUCCAAAAAGAUCAGCAGAAAAGAGGCGGAAAAGAAGAGAUCUUCCAAGAAAAAGCCUUCCAUGAAGAACGUGGCUCGGCCCCGGCCCCCGCCACCCACCCCCUGCGUGGCCACUCGUGACAGCUGCAAGCCGCCGGCACCCGCCUGCUGCGACCCCUGUGCCUCCUGCCAGUGCCGCUUCUUCCGCAGCGCCUGCUCCUGCCGCGUGCUUCGUCCCGUCUGCUGAGCGCCCCCAGCCGCCUCCAGGGUGCGGGUGAUUUCUAAUAGGACCCAGCCAGGCCAGAGUUACUUAGGUUGGGGCGGAGUUCCCGGGAGGCGGGACUUCCAGAAGUCUUGGCUUGGGCAGGGCUAAAACCCAAAUAUAUGUAGGCUGCUCCGAGGUAUGUGGCUGUUUCUUUAAAGGACCCCAAAGAUCCUUUCCGUUCCUCCUGGCCCCUUCACCGCGGAAGACCGGUGGACUGCGCUGGCUCUAUCUCCUGGGCCUGGGAAACCCGAUUUCCCCGGCCCUGCGGCUGCCCUCACCUUAAGCGCGUCUCUGCUUCCCUGCCCGAGACCGAUGUUACUCCCUACCUUUAAACCUGGGAACACACGAAGCUGCCGGUCAGCAGCUGGCUAUGAAGGCUCACACGAGCGGUGUCUUUCCACAACGUCAGCUUUUUCAGUUAUAAGGCAAGGUUAACAAUUAUAAAGCAGGUUCAGUAUUCUAAACGCAGUAACAUUCACCGCGUGUUUAACUUGUUUUCUUAAAGGUCACACAAAGCAAAGCACAAGUCACACAACAAAAAAUAUAGAACAGAGGACAGGAAAUUAACAGUCCAAAGGUGAAAAUCUGUGAGGGAGCAGUUGAGAUAAGGCCGCACUCGGGUCAGGGUCAGCUCUUGGCACGUAAUUGCUUGUUAUGUUCAAGCAUAACACAACAAGAAAGAUCUCUGUUCUUUUGGACAGCAAUCAGGCAGCCUCAGCAGCAGCUGCCUUUUUGAAGUGAUAAGACAUAGAGGUCAGUGUCUGAGGAGUCUGACGGUUUGCUGCAAAUAUCCUUUCUUUUAAAGGGAUUUAAUCAGUCUUGAGCCUUUGCAGACUUCCUCUGUUUCCAUUGGUUAUCGCUUCUGAGUGUGUCAAAAGCUGGUGCUGGUCUCAGGGAUAUCUGGUCUUAGCUGCAAUGCCCUUAGCUGCUUGCAUCAUUGCUUGACACAGGCUCCUGCUUGACAUGAGUGACUCCAUCUUACUCUCUGCAUUCUACCCCGAGAUUCCUCAUGACAAAUCUGUGAGGGUAUGCAGGAAUCAAAUACGUCUUAAACUAGGUCAGCAGUACUAGUUUGCUAACCUGGAAGAAGGUAAAUCCAAAUCAUUCAAUUGUGUUUUCAAUGAGAAUCAAACAAAAUCAAAUAAAUCUCAAAUCAUAUGAAAUGUCAAUUGACCUAAAACAAAGAUCACAUCAAAUCCAAACAAGUUAGAUACAUUAAAUUGAAUCAAAGCAAAAUUAAGUAAGGAUUAAAUUUAAAAACUCUAACGCAAAGUCACAUCUAAGAAUUAAGUCAAAAAGAAGAAAAACUAAAUCUAAACUUUAUUAAGUUAAGUUAACAAGUCUACAAAGCAGUCAAAUAAAUGAAAUAAGAAUCAAAUUGCCAACUCUAGGCAGAUAAAAGUACAAAAAUACGUAUGGAAUCUUCAACAUAGGCUCUUGGCACAUCUAGAAAAGAACGAUGAGGGUAUGGUUAAUCAGUCUUUUUGUGAUUUUUCCUACUUAAGCUUGAGGGUGCAUAACACGUCAAUAGCAUGUUUAAUAAGAUAUAUAACAAAAAUAAUAGCUAAAACAAUAGAAGGAUUUUCCUAAUGGAUUGCAAAACGUGUAGAGAGAGAUAAUUACUUUAAGUAUUUUAAAGGAUUAUGGUCAGACCAUGAACCAGAACAAAUCAUGUGUUUGAAGGGUUUUGUUAACAACUCUAGAAAGGAGUUGUUAGGAAAAUUUAUUAUAUAAGUUUUGUAUAUUUUUGUUCAAUGCAACUAAGUUGGUGUCAAUGACUGCCGAAGCUGCUUGAAUGGCCUGUGUAGCAUGCUCAAAGUGGGUUAGCUUGUUGGUCAAGGUUUUAUGGGUUGCUUUGAGCCCUUCUAAGUUUUCACCUAAAAGUUUAUCAAUUUUGUUAAUUUUUCACCCAAGGUAUUUCUGUUACUUUAGUAUAAGAUGUUUUAAAAAUUUUAUAUUAAUAUUCUGAGACAAAGGUACCCAUUUUGGUAACAUUACUAAAUGUUACAAUAAUAGCAUACAAUCUUUUAACACACUCAUUGUCUGUGGCUAUGAUAGUAUCAUUCAUUCUACUAUGAUUAAAGAACAUGACCUCUGAGGGGCACCUGGGUGGCUCAGUCGGAUGGGCAGCUGACUC